GUCAUCCAACAUAUUCAUAUUCAUCCAUUGGCGCUGGGACUCCGAGUUCUCGCCAUAUACGACUGUAUACCGGCCUCAAAUAUUAGUCAAUAGCCUUUUUGGCUUGAGCCGUGCUACCCUAUGACAUAGCACGGCGCUUUCAAUUACCUUUAUCUGUACACACAACCCCGGUAGUUCCGCACUUGCGCCAGCCUGCGUUGCCCGCCAUGUCGAGAUUUUUAAGACAAUCAAGCCAGCUCGCACGAGCGACAAGAUUGUCAACGCAGCCUGCACUACGAUUAUGUGCAAGACCGUCACUUGUCACCAGAUCGAUCCCCGCAAAGACUUCUGCCGCAUUCGCCAUUCGAGCAAGGACAUAUUCCUCGCAACCCCCACCUCCCGGCAAAGAUCCCCGAUCAAACCCCGACAAAGAUGAUGAGCAUGGAAGCAAGCCAUUGAAUCAACACAGUGCAAAGGAUGGGCCCGAUGGAAGCAAGUCUGAAGCACCAAAGCCGCCACCUCUGCCCGAAGGCUGGAUUCACUUGAAUAAGGAGGAACUGGCACAUCUCGAGGAAUUUACAAGUCGACUUCCAGAGGCUCAAAGGCCGGUGGCGAAGGACAUUCUUGAGAAACUUCAAAUUGUUGGCGCUCCUGCCGAGACCCGAGAUCUUCUUCAGAAGCAACGCCAGAACGGCAACCUUUCGAUUCUGGACAAGGGAAGACUUAUGCGAUGUGUAUACAUGGUCACAGAACGGAUAAUAGAGUUGGAGGAUCAACAAGACAACCGGGAUGGGCAAUUUUCAUCCUUUCGCAUGGACCAGGAACCGAAGACCCAGGACGGAAAGGGUGGCGCUGACAAGUCGAAGCAACAGCAGCAGCAGCAGCAGAAGGGUGGCAAGCCACCGAAGAAUGAGCGCAGCGGGUGGCUGGAGGCUGUUCAGACUGGUAUCGCCAUUGGUGUCACUGUAUGGAUUGCGGAACUCUUUGCCAACCCUUUCUCUGAGAAGGAGAUUACUUGGCAAGAGAUGCGGAAAGCAUUCCUGGAUAAGGGCCUGGUUCAGAAGCUGAUUGUUGUUAACGGCUCACACGUCCGGGUAGAGCUUCAUCCAUCUGCAACUGGAGCUACUGGUGAGGGCGGGCAACCUGCGAGAAAGAGCUACGUGUUCUCCAUAGGAUCUGUUGAAUCCUUCGAGCGAAAGUUAGAACAGGCGCAAGAUGAGCUGGGUAUUCCGCCCUCUGAAAGAAUACCCGUGAGCUAUGAGGCUGGCGGUAGUACCCUUGGCAACCUUCUUCUGGCCUUUGGUCCUACACUGCUCUUCAUCGGUUUGAUCCUCUGGACUCAGCGGUCAAUGGGUGGACGUGGUGGUGCUGGAGGGGGUAUGUUCAACUUCGGCAAGAGCAAGGCUAAGAAGUUCAACGCCGAGAGUGCUGUUAAGGUCAAAUUCUCAGAUGUUGCUGGCCUCGAAGAGGCAAAAACCGAGAUCAUGGAGUUUGUGAGCUUCCUGAAGCAGCCCGAGAAAUUCGAAAAGCUAGGUGCUAAGAUCCCUCGAGGUGCUAUCUUAGCUGGUCCUCCUGGUACCGGUAAGACAUUGCUUGCCAAGGCCACGGCCGGCGAGUCUGGAGUACCAUUCUUCAGUGUGAGCGGUUCUGAGUUCGUUGAAAUGUUUGUCGGUGUCGGUCCUUCACGUGUGAGAGAUUUGUUCGCCGAAGGACGUAAGAACGCUCCUUGCAUCAUCUUCAUUGAUGAGAUUGACGCAAUUGGACGUGCGCGACAGGAGAGCGGCAGGGGAUUUGGUGGCAACGAUGAGCGGGAAGCAACUCUGAACCAGAUUCUCACUGAAAUGGACGGUUUCAAUACCCGCGAGCAGGUUGUUGUUCUUGCUGGCACUAAUCGAGCGGAUAUGCUCGACAAAGCCUUGAUGCGACCAGGGCGAUUUGACCGACAUAUCUUCAUUGAUCGUCCUACGAUGAAAGGCCGUCAGGAAAUCUUCAAGGUGUAUCUGAACAAGAUUGUGACGAACGAGGACCAUGAAUACCUUGUUGGUCGUCUGGCAACUCUGACCCCUGGCUUCUCCGGUGCUGAUAUUGCCAACGUUGUCAACGAGGCUGCUCUAAUUGCUGCCCGAGGCAAUGCUGAUGAGGUCAAGAUGGACCACUUUGAGCGGGCCAUUGAGCGGGUUAUCGGAGGUCUUGAGCGCAAGUCUCUCGUGCUGAAGCCAGAGGAGAAGAAGACUGUUGCAUAUCAUGAGGCCGGCCACGCCAUCUGUGGUUGGUUCCUGGAGCAUGCUGACCCUCUUCUCAAGGUCUCCAUUAUUCCCCGCGGCCAAGGUGCUCUGGGUUAUGCUCAGUACCUGCCCCAGGAUGCUUACCUGAUGAACACCAACCAGCUCAUGGACCGAAUGGCUAUGACAAUGGGUGGCCGUGUGUCUGAGGAGCUUCAUUUCCCCACCGUGACAACAGGUGCUAGUGACGACUUCAAGAAGGUUUCCCAGAUGGCACGAAACAUGGUGACCCAAUGGGGCAUGUCCGAGAAGGUGGGCCCUGUUCACUUCGAGAAUGACCCCAACCGCAUGCAGAAGCCAUUUGCCGAAUCUACUGCCCAGCAGAUCGACCAGGAGGUUUCCCGAAUUGUGGAGGCAGCCUACCAGCGUUGCCGAGACCUUCUGACCUCGAAAAAGAAGGAAGUUGGACUAAUCGCCCAGGAGUUGCUCAAGAAGGAGGUUCUCGUCCGAGAUGACAUGGUUCGUAUCUUGGGCAAGCGACCAUUUGGUGACAACGAGGACUUUGAGAAAUACUUUGGUGGCGGUAAGGAGGAGAGCAUACCCCCACCAUUCCCCGAGGAGACAGAUACGCCUAAGGACCCCCCUACCCCUGCCCCAGCUUUCAAAAAGCUUGAGUAGAGUCGAAAAGAAAAGUCGCCAAGCACAUGGUUGGAGAAGGUAGUUUCCGUGGUACGAUCGACGAUAAUUGGUCAUGCACAGUGCUGCGGAGGCAAGGCAGGAUAAGGAAUACAGGAGAACUUGAGGCAGAGCGAGGAUUGGCUGUGUAGCAACGAGGAUAGCGGC